AAAGUCAAGGCGACCCAAAGGCGCAACUCUUUCUCUGUUAAGAAGAAGAAGAAUGCCCAGCAAGACAGCGACUCGAAUGACAACUCCAACACAUCCACAAAUUCUAAUAGCAAUAAUAGUAUGAAUGCGGUGUUACGGAAUGUAUCCACAUACGAUCCACUCAGCAAACGCAGGCCAUUAACAGAGCCUGGCAGUAUGCAGUCCAUCCACAGUGCAGAGCUAGCCUCCCAGGCACGGAGGGCACUCCAUGAAGGCGUCAUCAAGUCAAAGUGA